AUGGCGAUGGCCUCCACCUACGCGCCGGGAGGCGGCGCGGGGGCGCUCGCGCCGGGAAAGGGCAGGGUCCGCGGCCCCGCCGGCCUCGGCUUCCUCGCCCCCUCCAAGGCCGGCGGCCUCCCGCGCCCCCGCCCCCUCGCCCUCGCCAGGCGAAUGAGCAGCCCCGUCGCCGUCGCUGGUGGCGGCGCCGCCAGGCUGCGGUGCGCGGCGUCCUCCUCCCCCGCGGCCCCGGCGGCGCGGCCCGUCACGGCGCCGCGCUUCAUCCAGCACAAGAAGGAGGCCUUCUGGUUCUACCGCUUCCUCUCCAUCGUGUACGACCACGUCAUCAACCCGGGCCACUGGACCGAGGACAUGCGCGACGACGCGCUGGAGCCCGCCGAGCUCUACAGCCGCCACCUCAAGGUCGUCGACGUCGGCGGCGGCACGGGGUUCACCACGCUCGGCAUCGUCAAGCACGUCGACCCGGAGAAAGUCACGCUGCUCGACCAGUCCCCGCACCAGCUCGAGAAGGCCAGGCAGAAGGAGGCCCUCAAGGGGGUCACCAUCAUGGAGGGCGACGCCGAGGACCUCCCGUUCCCCACCGACUCCUUCGACCGAUACAUCUCCGCUGGCAGCAUCGAGUACUGGCCUGACCCACAGCGGGGGAUCAAGGAAGCCUACAGGGUCUUGAGGUUUGGUGGGCUAGCUUGUGUGAUUGGCCCGGUGUACCCAACCUUCUGGCUGUCCCGCUUCUUCGCCGACAUGUGGAUGCUCUUCCCCAAGGAGGAAGAGUACAUCGAGUGGUUCACGAAGGCUGGGUUUAAGGAUGUCAAGCUGAAAAGGAUUGGACCCAAGUGGUACCGCGGUGUCCGAAGGCAUGGCCUCAUCAUGGGUUGCUCUGUCACAGGCGUCAAGAGACAGAGCGGAGACUCUCCCUUGGAGCUUGGUCCCAAGGCGGAGGAUGUCAGCAAGCCAGUGAAUCCGAUCACCUUCUUCUUUCGCUUCCUCGUAGGAACAAUAUGUGCUGCAUACUAUGUUCUGGUGCCUAUUUACAUGUGGAUAAAGGACCAGAUCGUGCCAAAAGGCAUGCCAAUCUGA